AUGAAACCGCGACAAGGAAAACUCAAGCUAAAUACAGAUGGAUGCAGCUUGAAUAACCCAGGGGACUCGGGUGCAGGGGGUCUUCUAUGUGAUGAGCAGGGCAACUUAAUUUUUGCAUACUCGACAAAAUUGGGAAACAGUAGCAGCAUAGCAAUAGAAAUUAAAGCCAUCCUCCAAGGGCUGAAAAUAUGUCAAGAACGAAGGAUAAAGGGAGUGAUAGUUGAAACCGACUCUCUGAUGGUGGUUCAGUGGUUUAGCAGUGAUAAGUGUGGAGUGUGGUACCUUGAAGAAUUCUGGGAGGAAAUCCUUAGACUAAUGAUAGAAGGGGGACACUCGAUUCAGCAUGUUUUUAGGGAAGGAAAUGCCCCUGCUGAUUUCUUAGCAAAGCAUGGUGCUAAGGGACAUGAUCGAGUUUGGCACAACACCUCGCAACUGUCGACGAAGCUCUGA